AUGACUGUAAUGCAUCGGCAGAACACAUUGUUUUUGGGUCACGAGAAUGUGAUCCUUAAAGAGAAAAAGGAGAAGCCAUACAGACUUACUCCAUUUAUUAUUACAUUUUGCGAAGAUACUCUGACUUCAAUCGACAUCCAAAACUUCAUAGAAAUGGGUCUCCGAAUAAUAAGAUUCAAAAUGACGCAUGUAACAAGAAAUGACAAACUAAAAUUAAUAACUAUGUUAAACAAUGCUGUGAAAUUGUGUUGCGAAAAAUAUGAAGUCUCCAAUUGGCCAAUAGCCAUUUCUAUCGAUAUACCUAAUGCUUGUAUCAGAACUGGAUUUCUGAAAGAUGAAAUAAAAGAACCACAAAUAUACCUCAGUGAACAGUCAAUAGUAGAAUUGACAAGUGAAGUCCAAUAUUGGAACCAAUGUGACGAGCAUCGAGUAUUUAUAGACGAUCCAUACACUCUGAAGUUAGUCAAACCAGGCACAGAAGUGUCACUAUGUUUUGGAGAAAUCGUUAUGUUUUGUACCGAAGUAAUUUCGCCGAAGACUGUGAUGUGUAAAGUCGAAAGAGGAGGGUACUUGGGAAACGUCAGAUUCGUUUGUGUCCGUGGUGUUAUACACAAAAGACCUCCGCUGACAAAGAAGGACGUUGAACUUCUGCAGUUUGCAAAGGAAUUUGAAGCGGACAUAGUGACCAUACAUUCAAUUCGUUACCCAGAUACGAUAAAGAAGAUACGCAACUAUUUUAACGGCACUCGUGUUCCUUUAAUAAUAAGCACAAUUUGUGAACAAGAAGGUUUGAAUAAUAUCGAUGCUAUAAUUGAGAAUUCAGACGGCGUCAUUUUAGCAAGGGAAUUCCUCGCACAUGAAAUAGUCGACAAACACAAAAUGACUGCUAUACAAUUAAUUGUUAAUGCUAAAUGUAGAAAGGGAGGGAAACCUUUAUAUAUAUCUGGGAAUAUUCUGGAAGAAACUCUACAAAAUGGUUUACUGGCCAAUACUGAUAUAGCUGAUAUUACAAAUAUAGUUUUACAAGGGUGCGGAUUCGUUCUCCGUGCAUAUACCGACGCCAGUUAUGUAUUAACAGCAAUGAGAAUAUUGGACUCUAUAUGUAAAUCCGUAGAGUCUAUUUCACCGAAAGACGACUUCUGGAGAAUGUCCAUGGAGUUUAAAACACCCGUGAACGCAGCUGAAGCCUGCAUACUCUCAUGCGCUCUGCUCGUCAAACAGUCUGAAAGUCAGGUCGUGAUUCUGCCUACUGUAACUGGAAGAACUGCCAUACAACUCGCCCAUAUAGCUCCUGAAGCUAUAAUAUUAACGUUAAGUUCUAAUCCUAUCGUUGCUAGGAAACUGCAACUUUAUAGAGGAAUCAUUCCUAUAAUAUAUUCUAAAAAACCUUUAAAAAACUGGCAGGAUGAGAUGAUGGCACGUAUUGAAUUCGCGGUUGCUUACGGCAUCAAACGUGACAUUCUCAAAUACGGGAAUAUGUACGUAGCUCUCCGAAAGUCCACGCCUACCAGUUCCUUCUGUGACAAUGUUAGCUGCUGGAAGGUUGUUUCUGAAGAAACAAAGAAACAUAGUUCAUUACAGAAUAUGGUGUGGCCUACUGAAUUUGAUAAAAAAUUAAAUGAAUAUGAUGCAAUGGAGUUACCAGGACAACAGCUUCCCGCAGCAAAUGCGUACACACCGUUGGACCAUGUACUGAAUUUGGACAUUAAAUCUCCACCUGGAUGUCAAAGACUAACUGGCAUUUUUGCUACAAUGGGAAAAUCAACAAACGAUGUAGAAACUAUGGAGAAAAUGAUCGCAUCUGGCAUGAAUGUUGCUGUGCUGAACUUAUGUUACGGCUCGAGGGAAGAACAUGUCGAGACAAUAAAGAUGCUUAGACAAGCAGCAAAGAAUUACAGUGCUAAGAUGGGAAGGAAUUAUCCUCUAGCCAUUGCUACUAGAUUAGCCGGUAGGAAAAUACGAACUGGCCGUAUAGCAGAAAGUUACGGUGAGACCGUAGAGUUAAAAACAGGUGAAGUGGUUAGAAUAACUACAGACGAAACCUAUCGAGAGAGAUGUUCUACCUACACUGUAUAUGUAGACUUUAUAUAUUUUGCUGACCAAAUAUCCAAAGGAGAUUAUAUUUUACUAGAUAAUGAAACGAUUAUGUUAAAAGUCGAAAUGAUUUCAACUUCGACUUUAACAUGUAAAAUUGAAAGAGGCGGGUUUUUAGGAUCGUACAAAGAUGUGUUUGUUCCUAAUGUAGUAUUUAAUAUGCCUAAUUACUCUGACAGAGAUAAGUUAGACAUUGAAAUGGCAGUACGUCAUCAGAUCGAUAUAAUCAUAGCCUCCUUUGUCCAUUCGCCUGUAGCAAUAACAGAACUCCGAAGUUUAUUAGGUGAAAAAGGGAAAAAAAUUGCAAUAAUUGCUAAUAUUCAAACUAUUGAAGGUUUCCGUAACUUUGAUGAUAUACUUGCUGUUACAAAUGGCAUAAUGAUAACUAGACAAGAACUUGGCUCUGACAUCACGCCAAAAAAAUUAGUGAUAGCUCAGAAAAACAUGAUAGCUCGAGCAAAUAUAUGCAAUGUACCAGUAAGCGUAAGUGCUCACCUACUGAGUAGUAUGAGAUAUAAGAAAAUCCCACUUAGAGCUGAACUAUUGGAUAUAGCCAAUUGUAUCCUAGACGGAGUUGAUGCUCUAGUACUCUCUGCAGAGACUGCAGUAGGUCAAUACCCAACAGAGACAGUUGCAUGCUUAGCCAGUUCUUGUAAAGAGGCUGAAGCGUGUGUUUGGACAAAGCAAAUAUUUCAUGAUCUCAUUGAUAAGACCUCCUUGCCUUGUGAUCAAGCUACAGGUUCUGCAUUAGCUGCUGUCUUAGCAGCACAAAGAACAAUAGCUGCAGCCAUAAUAGUGAUCACUACCACUGGCAAGUCAGCUCAGAUAGUUGCUAAAUACAGACCUAGAUGUCCAAUUAUAGCUGUAACUAGAUAUGCACCCAUUGCUCGUCAAUUACACAUGUGGAGAGGAAUCAUACCUCUUAUUUACGAAGAUUCACCCGACACAGAUUGGUCAAUUGACCUAGAAAAGCGGUACACCUUUUGCAUGAAAUGGGCCAUGGAACAAGGCUUCAUCAGGAUCGGGGAUCCAAUCAUAUUAGUAUCUGGUUGGAAACAAGGAUCAGGUUACACGAAUACAAUGAGAAUUAUAUAUGCGACAGCAGAUAUCAUUGUUCUAUGAUUGUAACUUAUAACUCAUUUAUUAAUGAUAAUCAUCGCUACAUAUAAUUCUAUUGUUCAUUUGUAAUCACAGCUAUUUAAAAUUUUUCUUCGUAAUGUUAUUAAAGUAAUAUAUGUUGGUUUUCCUUUUUA